AUGACGCUCAAAGACGUCUACCAGCGUUUCCUAGAGUUACCCAAUCCUAUCAGCCUGUCCGAGAAUGCCUCCCUCCACUACAUUACCACCCUGACUACCUUUACACAGCCCGUCAACAUUGUUCGGCAUCUUGAGUUUCAAAACAAAAAGUCGGUCAAGGCCAAAAGUGCGAGGAUAAUUUCGGCUGUGGAGGGACCUCAUGCCAUUGCCCUGGAGGUUGAGACGGUGCUGGAAUUCAUCUCAGGUGGAGGAUCAUACCUGCCAGGUCUCGAGAACUUUGUUGUCGACAAAAUUGCGAUAAUUCCGACGACGCAUAUUGUCCAUUUCGAUGCCGAACAGAAAAUCUCCGUGAUCCGUAUCUCCUGGGAUCAAGCGUCAUUGCUGAAACAGACCGAAGUGAUUGGUUCAAGAGGCAAGAAUUGGCCUGUGGUCGACGGCAAAGACCAGGUCAGACUCAUCAACUCCAGCUUGACGGCGGUGCCCCCGGCAGCAGAACUCCCCACUAGUCCCAGAGGUCGCUCCGAAAACCAAAGUCUUGCAUCGUCGCGCAAUGCGUCCCCAAGCAAGAGGCACAUCAAGGACCCUCAUGCAAGCCUCGACCUCUUCUCACCGAAACCCGUCGACGAAAAUGAGCGAAUUUUGGGCCCCAAUGCUGUGGCUCCGCGGGCGUCAGCCAGACCCCCGCCACGCGAGAUGAGCGAGUUGUUCGCGGCGGGACAUGAAGAUCAUGAGCCAGGAUCGCCAAAGAAAGCCCCGGUCGAGCCUGUCGUUGCACCCAAAGGAGGCAGCAACCAGAAGUUCGCGCCGCCCCGUCUCUUCGCUGACGACCCCAAUGAGCCCGCUCCCGUCGGCUACAAGUCCAACCCUGCCAAGUACAACCAUUUCGAUCUCGGAGAGGAGCUGGAAGAUGAUCCACUGCAGUAUCGUGACGUUACUCCCAAGCCGAAGACAACGAUGCCGGUACGAGGAAAAUCCAGCAGACAGCAAUCUCAAUGGGAUUUCGCAGACUUUUUUACGCCAGAGAAGGUCACGCAAAAGGUGCGAGAUCAAGACAUAGUCCACUUCAGCCUUGACAGUGCCGUAAAUGACCUCGAGACCCCGGGAAAGAAGGUCACAGGGAAGCCACGCCGCGACAAUGAGAUCCACUUUGAAUUGCAGGACGACGGAACUCCCAUCGAGCGGCAUGCCGUCCCAAAGCCCCGAAAAGACGCGGAAACGCACUUUCAACUGAGAGAUACCGCGACCCCAGCUCCCAACCGUACCUCGGGCAGGCCGACCAGCUCGGCCAGUGAUCGCAUGGGGCUAUACUCAAAUAAUGUAUUCGACGAGGAUGAAAAUGGCAGACCGCAGGAAAAGGCACCGCUCUCAACCAUCACCAACAAUACCAGUCGCAAACACGAUUUCGACAGCCACUGGACAAUGGCUGAAGCGUCGCCAGCCAACGAAAAGGCCAAUAAUGAGAACAAGCCUGUCAGCAAGCACCGCAAGAAGCCGUCACAAAUGGAAACACACUGGGACCCGUAUGAGGAGACACUCGACCAGCCACAGAACCCGCCUACGCAGAGUCGGUUGAGAAAGGGCAUGGAGAGUCACUGGAGCAUGGGAUCAGAGGAGGAAAAGGACACCACCAAUGGGAAAAACAAGAAUCAAAAGAGCUUCUGGGACUUUUGA